GCGCGCCACGUGAGGGAGUGACAGUCGGUGAGCUCAAGGAGAGUCGGACUGCGCGGCUCAGCCAUGCCGAGGGGCAGCAGGAGCAGGGCCGCGGCCCGGUCGGCCGCACCCAGCGCGGCUCCCUCUGCUCAGCCACCCGCUCAUGCCCCACCUUCAGCUGUUGGGGCCCCGGCCCAGCCUCAGCAGCCUGGCUUGAUGGCCCAGAUGGCUACCACUGCUGCGGGGGUUGCUGUAGGGUCCGCGGUGGGCCAUGUGGUUGGCAGUGCUCUCACCGGGGCGUUCAGUGGAGAUAGCUCUGAGCCAGCAAAACCAGCUAGUACCACCCAGGAGACACGACAGCCUGCAUACCAGCAGCCGCAGUAUGGACCUUGCCACUAUGAGAUGAAGCAGUUCCUGGAAUGUGCUACCAAUCAGACUGACCUGACCCUGUGUGAGGGCUUCAAUGAGGCACUUAAGCAAUGCAAAUAUAACAGUGGCGUUGCUUCCCUCUUGUGAAGAAAUCCAGCACUAAUGAAGGGAAAACAAGAAGCUGCAGUAGAGCCAUGAACCAGAGGGGAUGGAAAGAAGUGCUUGUCUGACCUGUCAGAGGAGCUCUUAGUACUAGUUUGCUUCUAGACUAGUAGAAAAGGAGAACAACGAUUGGCAUUCUGUGGGACUUUUGGAAUGCAGAUAUGAAAAUAAAAGGGAUGCAUUUAUUUUAA